AUGGAGAGCGACGAAGCAGCAGCAGCAGCGUCUCCUCAAGCCAGCGGAGGAACCGUAACUCCGGCGCCGAAGAAGAGAGGUCGGAAACCUAAAACCAAGGACGACUCUCAGGCUCCGUCUUCGCACCAACAGAGCGGUAGCAGCGGUGGGAAAAUGAAGGAGAGUGGGAAGAAAACGCAGCAGCUCAGUGUCGACGAGAAGUACACUCAGUGGAAAGGUCUCGUCCCCAUUCUCUACGACUGGCUCGCCAACCAUAACCUCGUCUGGCCUUCACUCUCUUGCAGAUGGGGUCCACAGCUCGAACAAGCGACCUACAAGAAUCGCCAGCGUCUGUACCUCUCAGAACAAACUGAUGGCAGUGUGCCCAAUACUCUAGUCAUAGCGAACUGCGAAGUUGUUAAGCCGAGAGUCGCUGCAGCAGAGCACAUAUCUCAGUUCAAUGAAGAAGCACGUUCUCCAUUUGUGAAGAAGUUCAAGACCAUCAUUCACCCUGGAGAGGUUAACAGAAUCAGGGAACUCCCACAAAACAGUAAGAUUGUCGCUACUCACACCGACAGUCCUGAUGUUCUCAUUUGGGAUGUUGAAACCCAACCAAACCGUCAUGCUGUGCUUGGAGCUGCAAACUCCCGUCCGGAUUUGAUACUAACUGGACACCAAGAUAAUGCUGAAUUUGCUCUUGCGAUGUGCUCAACCGAACCCUUUGUCCUCUCUGGAGGCAAGGACAAGUCAGUUGUUCUGUGGAGUAUCCAGGAUCACAUCACAUCUGUUGGUACAGAAUCCAAAUCAUCCGGAUCUAUCAUCAAACAGACUGGUGAAGGCGGUGACAAGACUGAGAGUCCCACUGUUGGCCCGCGAGGUGUAUACCACGGCCAUGACGACACGGUUGAAGAUGUGGCAUUCAGCCCAACUAGUGCACAAGAAUUCUGCAGUGUUGGUGACGAUUCUUGCCUUAUACUUUGGGAUGCAAGAACAGGAACUAGCCCUGUCACGAAGGUUGAAAAGGCACACGAUGCUGAUCUUCAUUGUGUCGAUUGGAACCCUCAUGACGACAAUCUGAUCCUGACAGGGGGGGGGUACACGUUACGCCACGAUUUUGAGUCAGAAGAGAGAUUUCAAGAAAUGGCAGAUCUAUUCACUCUAUCAAUAACCGAGCCGGAUCUGGUGUAUCAUAAGGGAUUUGCCUUUUCUAUUGAUUCCUACGGGUUGGAUCAAAGACAAUUCUUGAAGGAGGAACUGUCAGAGCACCUGGGGAUUAAGCUGCUUAAUGAGAGGCUUCAGGAUCCAACAAUGCAGGAAUCACUUGAAUCUAUCUUCCCUAAAGACAAUCCAAAGAACACGAGGUUUGCUAUCAACUUCUUUACCUCCAUUGGUCUUGGAGGCAUCACAGAGAACCUCAGAGAGUACCUGAAGAACAUGCCUCGCCUCAUCAUGCAACAACAGAAGCAAGUUCCGGAAUCGGAAUCAGGAUCAUCAUCUGGAUCUGACAGUUCUAGUUCCGAGUCUGAUUCGGAUUCAUCAUCUUCUAGUUCGGAUGAAAGCGACAGAGAGAAGAGGAAGCGAAGAAGAAGAUCUUGA